AUGCGUCUCACUGCAGCUAAAACAUGUCGGCCUGUGCUACAGCAUGUCCGCCCCCGACCAAUCCAGCGGGCAUUGCUGUCUGCAUACACCAAGCCGCCGUUUACAAACGAGCCUGCUAAAGACUACGCAAAAGGUUCACCCGAACGCUCCGAACUGACCGCCGCCAUCGCCGAUAUGAAGAAGUCUUUUCCAGUGCAAAUCCCCCUCCCCCUAAGCAAGCAACGUGGAGGCGCCCAAGACAUCAAACAACAUAACCCAUCCUUGCACAAGGAGGUCGUUGCCAACUGGCAGCCUGCCACUGCACAGAAUGUCCAGCAAGCCAUCGACUCGGCCUUAAAGGCAAAGACAUCCUGGGAGGAGAUGUCGUUAAAGGACCGCGCGGCUAUUUUUCUUCGUGCAGCAGAUCUCGUCUCAACCAAGUACAGAUACGAGCUCGUGGCUGCUACUAUGCUCGGCCAGGGCAAGAAUAUCUGGCAGGGAGAGAUCGAUGCCGGGCAGGAGGUUUGCGAUUUGAUCCGAUACUACGUCCAAUGCGCAUUCAACCUGCACGCACAGCAGCCAGCCAUAAACGCCCCCGGAACCUGGAACAGACAGGAAUACCGUCCGCUGGAGGGCUUCGUCUACGCGAUAUCCCCGUUUAACUUCACUGCCUUGGGCACAAACCUCGCCUUUGGGCCCGCGCUCAUGGGCAACGUCGUCCUCUGGAAGCCCUCCAACUACUCCCUGCACGCCAGCUGGCUGCUCUACAACAUCUUCCUCGAAGCCGGGGUGCCACCGGACGUGGUGCAGUGGGUCCCCGGGGACGCAGUCGAAGUAACAAAGGCAUGUCUCUCACAUCGUGAAUUCGCGGGCCUGAGCUUUACGGGCUCAACGGAGGUGUUCAAGAGCCUUCUCGGCCAGGUCGGGCAGGGGACAGCGCAGAAUCUCUACCGGCAGAUUCCGCGCGUCGUGGGCGAGACAGGCGGGAAGAAUUUCCAUCUUAUCCACCACAGCGCGGACGUCGAUAACGCCGUGAACCAUACCAUCCGGGGCGCCUUUGAAUAUCAGGGGCAGAAAUGCUCCGCGACUUCUCGCGUCUACGUGCCGCAGUCAAUGUGGCCGGACUUUCGCGAGAAGAUCGUCUCCAGGAUAAAGGAGCUAAAGGUCGGCAGUCCCGAGCAGUACGAUAACUUCGUGAACUCGGUAAUCCACGAGGCCAGUUUCGACAAACUCGCUGGUGUUCUCUCGCAGGCGGAAUCAGAUCCAGGUCUGACUCUGCUUGUCGGUGGUCAAGCGUCUAAGAAAGAUGGCUAUUUUGUGCAUCCUACACUCUACCAGGUAUCGGAUCCGCAUCAUGAGCUCAUGCACCGCGAGCUGUUCGGUCCUAUUGCGAUGAUCUAUGUCUACCCUGACGCGGAAUGGGAGCAGAUUGUCCAGACCGUUGACCAGACCUCUGAAUAUGGACUUACCGGCAGUGUCUUUGGGCGGGAUCAGGCCGCGAUUGAGUAUGCAGAGCGAGGGCUGCGCAAUGCUGCAGGGAAUCUGUAUAUCAAUGUCAAGUGCACAGGCUCUAUGAUCGGGCAGCAGCCGUUUGGGGGCUCGCGGGCCAGUGGGACGAACGACAAAGUAGGGUCUGUCAAUGUUAUCAGUCGGUUUGUCAGUGUACGGACUAUUACUGAUAGCUCGAGGACGUUGGAGGAGGUGGUGUAUCCCAGUAAUGAGAUAUAG